AUGUUAGUUCAUAUACAAUGGCUGCCAAUUCUAAUCUCUCUGGUUAUAAGCCUCCCGGAUACAACAAACUUAGAACAACUUUGCUUUGUAAAGAGACAGAAAAUGUGGAUAGGUUAUUACAACCUAUGAAAGCCACAUGGAAAACAAAAGGUGUUAGCAUUGUUAGUGAUGGGUGGAGUGAUCCACAAAGAAGGCCUUUGAUUAACAUUAUGAUUGCUUCUGAAACGGGUCCUAUGUUUAUGAAAGCUAUUGAUUGCUCGGGUGAGAUUAAGGACAAAGAUUUCAUUGCUACCUUACUAAGUGAGGUGAUUGAUGAAAUUGGAGAUCAAAAUGUUGUUCAAAUAAUCACAGAUAAUGCAAGUAAUUGUAAGGCUGCAGGGGAAUUGGUUGAGGGUAGGUAUCCUCAUAUAUAUUGGACACCAUGUGUUGUUCAUACACUUAAUCUUGCAAUGAAAAGCAUCUGUGCAGCUAAGAAUGUGUUGAAUAAUGUUGAAGUAUAUGAUGAAUGUCAUUGGAUAACGGAAGUUCAUGCAGAUGCCUUGUUCAUUAAAAAUUACAUAAUGAAUCAUUCGAUGAGGCUUUCAAUGUUCAAUAAGUUUUCGCCAUUAAAACUACUUUGCAUUGCCGACACUCGUUUUGCUUCAAUUGUGUGCAUGCUUAAAAGGUUGAAACUCCUUAAAACAUCACUUCAAUCAAUGGUUAUUAGUGAGAAUUGGUCCUUAUACAAGGAUGAUCGACGCGGGCAAGCCUCACAUGUAAGGGAAAAGAUUUUGGAUGAAAUAUGGUGGGAAAAAGUUGAUUACAUUCUUGAUUUUACACGCCCAAUCUAUGAGAUGAUUAGGGUUUGUGACACCGACAAAUCUUCCUUGCAUUUGGUUUAUGAAAGAUGGGACAUUAUGGUUCAAAAGGUGAAAGAUGCCAUCUACAAGAAAGAGGGUAAACUAGAUUAUGAACAAUCUACCUUCUUUAAUGUAGUUAAAGGGAUUCUUAGUAGUCGUUGGAGUAAGGGUAGUACUCCACUUCAUUCAUUAGCACAUUCUUUGAAUCCAAGAUUUUACACGGAAGAAUGGCUUAAUGAGGUCCCGGGACGAGUUGCUCCAAAUGCCGACAAUGAAAUUUCCACACAAAGAUUACAAUGCUUUCGAAGGCUUUUCCAAAGUCCCGAUGAAAGAUUCAAGAUCAACACGGAAUUUGCAAUAUUCUCACAAAAAUCAGAGGGGAUCUUUCUCAACAUUGAUUGCAUGCAUGAUAUGGCUUUGAUGGAUGCUAAAAAUUGGCGGGCAACUUAUGGUUCCCAAGUGCCUAUGCUUCAAGGUUUGGCUUAUAAGCUAUUAGGUCAACCUUCUUCCUCUUCUUGUAGUGAAAGGAAUUGGAGCACCUAUAAGUUUAUUCAUUCUUGCACUAGAAAUAAGCUUACUCCUAAACGUGCUCAAGACUUGGUAUACAUUCAUAACAACCUUCGAUUACUUUCUAGGAGAAGUGAAGAAUACACUAAGGGGAGAUCUAAGUUGUGGGAUGUGGGUGGAGAUGAGCAUGACAACCUAGGAGAGGUUGGUAUUCUAGAGAUGGCCGAGCUCUCACUUGAUGAACCCGAGAUGGAGAAUAUGAUUUUUGAUGAUGUACUUGGUGAUGGUGAAGAAUGAAACUAUUAGUACUUUUGUUUAUUUUAUUUAUGAUUUGUAAAACUAUUAUUAAGACAUGUAUUUGGUUUGAUGGUUUCUUGAUAUGUAUGAGACUACGUUCGUACACUUUGUUUAUUUACUUGUUUUAACAAAAUUGUGUGUUUUGAGGCUAAUUAUUUAGUGUUUUAUUGAAUAGGUUGUCAAAUUCUCGUUUUUUUGAUAUAUUAUAUGCCUUGUUAUAUGCCGUACCCGUGUCCCCUAUUUCAGGAUUGCCGUUUUCCCGUGUCCGUAUCGUGUCCGUGUCCGUGUCGGUAUCCGUGCAACA